AAUGAUGUUCUCGGUAAAGAUAAACUCAAGAUUAUUGAAUCUGUCGAAUGGGUGAAUAAAAAGUUAUCCUGCGAGGAAUGUAUCAUUUAGAAAAGUAGAACUAAUUGUCUAGACUAUGCAUAUGAUUUUACUAAUCUAACUAUUUUAUUUCGCCGUUUGGUUGCCCGGUAACUGACAAAAGCCCAAACCGGAUGAAAACCCGGAAGGCGCACUAUGUUUUCCUUUCAUUGAAUCAACCCACCCAGGCAGUGAUCAAAUCGAGAUGCUCAAGUAACAUUUACAUGGAAACUAAGAGUUGUCUACAUGUGGGCUAUAACACUUCGUUGCCCAGUGUGUGAGUUGGUGCCGGUGGUACUGUCAACAUGAAAGCCAGUGGUGCUGCUCUGUUCACAAGGAAGAAUCCCUUCCCGCCAGACCCACCUCUGGGAAAAACCCAUUACAACCCUUCACGCACCAAGAAGCUUCCAAAGCAACAGAGAAAAAACACCCUGAGCCCUGUUCACCUUGCCCAGCUGUCCAGCCCUCUUCUCCAGACACACUCACUGAGCCCAGAGGACCAGUGCUUCCUUGGGGCAGCCAACCACUUUGUCCUCUGUUCUCCUCCUGCCACAGAGGCCCAGCCUAGUUUCUUAGAGUCCUGGCCCUCCACUGACCUUGGGUCCUCCCCGGCCAACACUGACGCCUCCCCGAACACAGACACACUGACACGGGACCCAACAUCGGGAAAGUCCCUGGUCUCCACUGGGGGAGGAGAGCAGGAAGAUUCAGUGUUGGCAAAGUACAUUGAACGCUUUCGUCACGGAAGGCCACAGAGUCGAGAGGUGCGUCAGCAGAUGUCGGCAAUGGUGGGAGAGGGCCAGCAGCCUUUCUGGUGGCUGUCCUCCUCCCCUCUACCCUCCAGUUCUACACCCACUCAAACCACUGACAUAGGCCUUUCCCUUAGAAAAGACUCAGCCACCACCCUCAGUCCAGUUGGGCAGUUUCGGCAUGGCACCACCCUCUCCCCAUGCAGGGGACUCCUUGAUCUUAGUGCCAUGGUGAGUUCAUCAUCGUCGUGUUCAUGCUCCGUUUUGGGCCUGUCAGACUCCUCUCACGGUGACCUUGGAGACUCCGAGAUACUGCAUCUGCAGGAGAAGGCCAGUAGACUGCUUCACAGAAGUGAGCACUCACUCAGUAGUGGAUCUAUUCCCAUCAGCUCUGAGGGCCUGGGCUGCUCCAAUUUUUCCUCCCCUGUGAGCAUAGAUGAGCCAGUCCGAAGGCCUAUAGUUACCAGUCUUAUCGACUCAACCACUGUUGUGGGGAACCUAAGCUCAGCAGACCUCUAUGCUGGAACCGUGUCCAAACCGUCUGUGGUUGGUCCCCCGGACCCCCGCACACGCCCAGAGGAGGACAUCCUGUUUCAGUGGCGUCUGAGGAGAAAGAUGGAGCAGGCCAGUCAGUGGGUUCAGUCAAACCCACAGCAGGGUUACACCCUUCAUCAGCACUCUGUGAGCUGUCAGGCUCACAAGGUACAGCGGAAUCCUCUCCCUGCCUAUUCCUCUCAUAGAGUUGCCCCCUCCCUCCCCAUCACCAGCCCCACCGUCUCUAAGUUGCAUCCGGAUGCCCCUGUCCGUCCCCACAUGCACCUCCUCUGUGACAUCCUUUCUUGUACCGCUCAGCCCCACUCCCCUCCACCCAGCCACCAGAGGAGCCCAAAGAGGAGUGAGGUCUCUGGGGCCGACCGGACCGUCAGGCAGCCCAAAGCCCAGUUCAGCUCCACAGACACCUCCACUGAGGAGCCCACUAGUAAACAUGAGUCCUCUCCACCACCGCCCGCCUUGUCUGUGACCACAGAGGAAGAGUGGGCAGUUCAACAGAGGAGAACCGAGAGGACAAAAAAGGAGACACUACAGAAGGAGAGGAGUGAGAAGCGGACAGGGCCGUCCUGCAGAAAGAAGAAAUUAGCCAGGUGUCACGUUGGUGACAGGGACCAUGCUGAGAGGCCCAGCUAUGCAGAUUGGAGUGUGAGCCAACACCACACCAGAGGUAAAGACCGGGUCAUCCCAUGGAGGGAGGAGCCCAGCAGAGACUGGGGGCAACAGGAAAGGGGGCCGGGGGUAGUGAGAGAGGGCUGCCCUGGAGAUCGUGCUCCACCACCCUCUCCCAUACACAGCGCCCUGGGACAGGUAGUUUCAGAGGUACUUUUCCUGACCACGGACUCCCCGGACCCGCCCAGAACUCCUGUGUCCUCUGACUCUCCCAGAUAUGUGCCGCCGCAGUCCCCUGCCCCGCCUCCCAGUGCACAGCAUCCACGGGAGGUUGUAGCUCAGCUGCUUCAGGAGGCUGAAGAUUCAGACGAGCAGGAGUUUAAAGAUGACCCCUUACUGAAGGUCUUAAGGCAGCAGAGGAAGUGGGUGAAGGAGCAAAUCGGGUAAAGAAUUGCGAGGUGGACUCGCUGUUGGAUGAAUUCCAGGAAGAGUGAGCACUGGUGGUGUGCACACAUGGAACAAAAACAACCAAUCAAUUCAACAGCAUUUUUAUUUUUGUACAAAAAUAUAUAGUGCAUUUAUUUUGAACUAAUUCUCUUCUUACAAUAAAUAGUUAGAAAAUAUACAACAACCUUACUGUUGGGUUUUGUGAACAUACUUGAUAAUCUCGGAGUGUUAAAACAUUUACUCAUGACUUAGAGGGCAUUAGACACUCCACACAAUACAAAUCAUAAUUUUCAAUGGUUUUAUAUCAUAUUUACAAUGAACGGUUCCAUAAAAACAUUUUAAGAUUGAGUUAAAUGGGAUUCUUUAGGAUGAGGGAUGCUUUUAAAUGAGGAAUCUGUCCUGUUAAUAUGUACAAACCUCAGAGAGAGAGCAGGGAAUUUUAAUGGUGUGAUGGCGUAGUUAAUGGGUGUUUUGGUACAGGCAGGCACCAGUUCCUUGGUGAGUGUUUGAUAUGUCUGUUGGAGGAGAGUGCCUGUAUUUUUGUGUGUGCAUAGUUUACCAAGCUACCAAUUACUUCACACUGGAAGAAGUUAAGCCACAAUAAAGUUACCCUUAACUACA